AUGCAUUUCACCACUCCCGCCCUUCUCGCUCUCAUCUCAACCCCCCUUGCCUUUGCCGCCCCCUCAGGCGGUAAGCGCGACUACAAGACCGACUGCAAGAAAGACUGGGACGCGAAAUGGAACUCGCACGACAACUCCUGGAAGAAGAAUGAGAAGCUCUUCUACUUCGACGCCGAGUAUGUCGUCAAGGCCACCCCAGACCAAGUCAUCGCCUCCACCGGCGCCCCUGCACCCGGUCAGCCCGGCGCCAAGGGCCUCUUCAAAUACGGCAUCAACAUUGCUGAGAACACCAUCUGCUACAACAUCACUCUCAGCGGCGUGACCGGAGAGUACGCGUCCCCUGCGCUUACUGCGACACAUAUCCACGAAGCUGCUAAGGGCAAGGCUGGACCACCAAGACUUGCCUUCCCCAACCCCGCUGGCCCAGAUGCGCGCCGUACUUCCGUUGGCUGCCUGAAGGGACCCUUCAAGGUUGGUGUCGUGAACGCGGCCACUGGAAAGGAUCAGGCCGACGGCUUCCACGUGAAGCAGAUUGUAGCGAACCCCAAGGGUUUCUUCACCGAUUCCCACACUGCGCAGUUUUCGUCUGGUGCUGUCAGGGGUCAGCUUGGGUACUAG